GGCGGUGUGGAAACAACACGCAUGGUCCGUGGACAGGCAGGCAGACCUUGGAGAGGCGGCAGGAUACAGAGACACGGUGAUGGACAAUACCAGCGUGUGAAACAUGAAGAUUUCAGUGUCAGUACGGAAGCAGCCAGACCCCGACGGUGGCAGAGCUUUGUGGAUCGUACCAGCAGCUGAAGGAUCAAACUGUCUGAAGCUCCAGUGACAAACAAAAUGCCAGAAAAAUCAAUACGAUCCUGCAGCCUCUGAAUUAUGGGAAAUGUCGAGAGCCAGAAUGGGGACCAUACCCUCUACGGUAACGAACAUGGCUAUUUGUCACGUAAGCACAUGUCUCGAUCUCUUCGCAUCUCCAACAAGCAGUCCAGACGCUCUCGACAUGCUUCAUCAGGGAAAAUAGAGCACAGGAACUCUGAGACGAGCACACGCUCAAGUAGCACCCCCAGUAUCCCACAAUCCCUAGCUGACAAUGGCCUGGAGCCCUUCAAUGAGACCAAUAUCCUCCCAGACUUUGGAAGUCCCAUUUGGGUGGACCGUGUGGCUAUGAACCUGCGACCUGUGUCCUUUCACAACGACCUGGCCAAUCCUUCUGUGCACAUGAAUAUGAUGCACGUUACCCUGCCUGGACCCACUGCAGAGGAAGUGCAGGACGAAGAUGCGUACACGGGCGAGGUAACGUACCUCCAGAAAACACGGGACGGCUCCAAGGAGACCGUCAGCUUCAAGAAGAAGAGAUCUAAGUCUGCAGACAUGUGGCGAGAAGACAGCCUGGAGUUCUCCCUGUCUGACCUUAGCCAAGAGCACCUGACCAGCACAGAGGAGAUCAUAGACACGGCCAACGAGAGGGACUUCACUGACUGCAAAGGACACCUGCAGUCCAGCCCCACAGACUCCACUGACAGGGCGAACUCCCUGGACGAGUUGUAUAGCCAGAAGAGCCCUGCCCGCAGGCAACCCCACGGCCGCUAUGCCAAGUGGCACGGCGCCAACAAGGCUAUCAGGGAGGGCGAGGACGAUAAGAUGAUCUCUCCAUCAGAGGAGGAUGGGAACACCUACGGAGCAUACACCCUCCCCUGCCGGCGUUCCCACUGCCUGUCGGAGGGCCUGAGCAGUCACCAAGCUGCCAUGUGUGCCAGUAUGCAGGGCAGGAGGGCACAGACCAUACAGGAUGUCACAGCCGGGGAGGGCAGCGAGUACGAGGACAGUGGCAUCGACGGGGUGACGGUGGAGGCAGAGCACCAGUCGCGACGCUACAAGACCAUGUCAGCCUCCUUCUCCGUGUGCUCGGCGGCCGGCAGGAGCAUGUUCGCUGGCAGCGACAGUGGCAGCAGCAGUGGCGGCGGGGCCAGCGAGUGUGUACAGGGUGUGUACGAGAACUUUCGUCAAGAACUAGAGAUGAGCUCCUGCCAAACUGAGAGCUUGGAGGAGGCGGGGUCCGCCCUGAGUGACGAGCAGAGCACUAUGAGCUCCGCCUACCAGUCUGACGCAUUGCUCAGCGUCGCCCAGGGGAUGGUGCGCAAAGCUGGCAGGCUUGCCGUGAAGAACUUCCUUGUACAUAAGAAGAACAAGAAAGUGGAGUCAGCCACGAGGCGCAAGUGGAAGAGUUACUGGGUUUCCCUGAAAGGUUGCACUCUGUUCUUCUAUGAGACUGAUGGCCGUUCAGGGAUUGACAACAACAGUAUUCCCAAGCAUGCCAUCUGGGUAGAGAACAGUAUUGUCCAGGCUGUACCAGAGCAUCCCAAAAAGGACUUUGUGUUCUGUCUCAGCAACUCCCUGGGAGAUGCUUUUCUGUUUCAGACCUGCAGCCAGACAGAGCUGGAGAACUGGAUCACAGCCAUCCACUCGGCAUGUGCCACUGCCGUCGCCCGCCAGCACCACAGAGAGGACACGGUGCGCCUGCUUCGCGCAGAGAUCAAGAAGCUGGAGCAGAAGAUAGACAUGGAUGAGAAGAUGAAGAAGAUGGGAGACAUGCAGCUGUCUGCCGUUACUGACACCAAGAAGAGGAAGACGAUCCUGGAUCAAAUCUUCCUGUGGGAGCAGAACCUGGAGCAGUUUCACAUGGAUCUAUUCCGCUUCAGGUGCUACCUGGCCAGCUUGCAGGGAGGAGAGCUGCCGAACCCAAAACGCCUGCUGGCAGUUGCCUCCCGUCCCACCAAGCUGGCAAUGGGCCGACUGGGUAUAUUCUCCGUCUCCUCCUUCCACGCACUGGUGGCCGCUCGCACAGAGAACGGAGUGAGACGGCGAACACAGGCCAUGUCUCGUUCCUGCAGCAAGCGAAAGAGCAGGUUCUCGUCCCUCUGGGGUCUGGACACUACCUCAAAGAAAAAAACAAAAGCCCAUCCCAGUAUAAACCAGCAGGUCUUUGCUGAUGGCGAAGAGCCAGUAAAAAAGCCUGUGGAUGGCAUAUAUGUUGAUCCUUCCAGGGAACACACAAAAAGUGAGGAUGGAACUGUAAAAAGCCUUCAACGGCCCAGCACGGAAAGUGACAUCUGGGUCCCCGACCACCUCACCCCCUCCUGGGUGUGUCUGCCAAAUGACCAGCCAGUACUAACCAUCAUCCAGCCAGGGGAGUCAGCACUGUGCGUUCUGGAAACCAUCUGCAAGGCUCACCAGCUCGAUCCCACCAAGCACUACCUGCGACUCAAAUUCCUUAUUGAAAACCAAGUGCAAUUCUACAUUCCCAAACCAGAAGAGGACGUGUGCGACUUGCUUUACAAAGAAAUUGAGCUCUGCUCGAAGAUGACAAAAGUAAUCAAGUUCGACAGAGACGAAUCCUGCAUGAUUGGUUACGGUUUCUCCAUUUCAGUGGUGGAGGAGGACGGAGUACAACAGCUCUACAUCACUGAUGUGAAGGCGGGCGGAUUAGCCUUCGCAAAAGGUCUAAAUGCAGGGGAUGAAAUACUUCAACUGAACGGAAAAGACUCUCACAGUCUCAACUUCUCCGACAUGAAGGUGGCUUUCUCUCAAGCCUCGCUGGCUUUGACAGUCAACACCCUGCCUUCCAUGGACCGCCGUCAGCUCUGCUACCUGCCGCCACGCCGCUCAGAUGCAGAGGAAGAUCUCUACACGGACAUCUUCUCACAGAGUCAAGAGGAAAUCCUGGACGACGGGGUGGGACUGCUGCUCGAGAGCUCAGGAGACAGUCUGGACGACGACUCUGAGAUCUUCAGUGAGUUUGAGUGCAGAAAGAGUACGGAGCAGGUCGCUGCUUUCUGCCGCAGUCUCCAUGACAUGAAUCCCACGGAGUGUGUGUCCUCUUCGCCUAGCCCAGACUCGCCCUUCCCACCUCCUGCAACUCUCCGACAGCUCUCCGAUGCCGACAAGCUCCGCAAAGUCAUCUGUGAACUUGUGGAGACUGAACGCACCUAUGUCAAAGAUCUCAAUUGCCUCAUCGGGAGAUAUUUAACCCCACUGCAGAAAGAGACCAUCCUCACACAAGAUGAGCUGGAUGUUCUGUUUGGGAACUUGCUGGAAAUGGUGGAGUUCCAGGUUGAGUUUCUCAAGACCCUGGAAGACGGGACCAGACUGGUUCCAGAUCUAGAGAAAUUGGAGAGAGUGGAUCAGUUUAAGAAAAUCCUCUUUUCCCUGGGAGGCUCUUUCCUGUACUACGCAGACCGUUUUAAAAUCUACAGUGCUUUCUGCGCCAGCCACACCAAAGUCCCUAAGGUCCUCGUAAAAGCCAAAACCGAUCACGAUUUCAAGGCCUUCCUGGAUGAGCGUAACCCCAAGCAGCAGCACUCCUCCACCCUGGAGUCAUACCUGAUCAAACCCAUCCAGAGGGUGCUAAAGUAUCCCCUCCUGCUGAAGGAGCUCUACUCACUCACAGACCCAGACAGCGAGGAGCACUACCACCUGGACGUUGCCAUGAAAGCCAUGAACAAAGUUGCCAGCCACAUCAACGAGAUGCAGAAGAUCCAUGAAGAGUUUGGCGCAGUGUUUGAUCUUCUCAUCACUGAGCAGAGCGGUGAAAAGAAAGAGGUGGCUGAUCUGUCCAUGGGUGACCUGCUACUCCACACCAGUGUGACCUGGAUCAACCCCCCUGCCUCCUUAGGAAAAUGGAAGAAAGAGCCCCAGAUGGCUACAUUUGUGUUUAAAACGGCAGUGGUCUUUGUAUGCAAGGACGGAUCCAAGCAGAAAAAGAAAAUGGGUGGCUCCCAUCGAGUCUCUGUGUCUUCAGAAGAAAAAGACCCUUUCCGAUUCCGUCACAUGAUCCCAACUCACGCCCUUCAAGUCAGAUCCUUGGCCAAUGCAGAUGGUGAGGGCUCGGCUAUGUGUGAGAUUGUUCACACAAAGUCUGAGUCGGAGGGAAGGCCAGAGAGGACAUUUCAGCUGUGCUGUAGUUCUCCAGAGAGUAGAAAAGACUUUCUGAAGACAGUCCAUUCUAUCUUGAGGGAAAAGCACCGCCGGCAGCUCCUAAAAACAGAGAGUUUACCCCUCAACCAGCAGUAUGUGCCCUUUGGAGGAAAGCGCCUCUGUGCCCUGAAGGGAGCGCGUCCUGCCAUAAAUAGAGCAGCAUCGGCGCCAACCAGGACUCUAGGCAGGAGGAAGUUAGUGCGCAACCGGUUCACCAUAGACACCGACAUUGUUUUUGAUGGUGAGCCCGAACAGGACAUCGUUUCACCACAGGAGCCCAACUCAAAUCCGCUACAGCGGGACAACGAACCAGAUCAGCAGCUGCAGCAGUCUGAGUUAGCAGGAGACACAGACCGCUGGGUGGAAGAACAGUUUGACCUAGAAGAAUACGUAGACCAGGAUGAGGUGAAGGAGACAGACAUCCUUAGUGAUGAGGAUGACGAGUUCUGCCAGAAACCCAGAGCGCUGUCCACUGAGGCUGACCUGGAGGCCCAUGUCAUGGCUUUGUCCUUGGAAAGUGAAGAAACAGAGGAGAGCGAGAGCCUUAAGUCCCCAAUAGCUAGUGGGACACCUGAUGAUGUGAAGCUGUGCAACACAGAGAGGCAGAGCGCCGAGAUCAAUGACAUUGUGGAGAAUCAAAAGCAAACGGAGAAGGGUGAGAUUUGGGUAAAAAGGCAGCAAUCCAGUUUGUCCCCAGACUGUGGCACAUAAAAGCUGAAGAGGACAGGCAGACAGCUUUACAUGGGCUCCAUAAAGAUCUAUCAUCUUCACAAACAAUGCAUGGGCAUUGACGUAUAUCGCACAGCUAAUAGAAGAUAUAUCCUUCCUUACCUUACUUUUGCUGAAUGCUUUUUGUAAUGGUAAGAUCAUCAGUGGAGCAAUACAGGAAUCUAGAACGAGGGAGCUUUAUCCCAAAUCAAAUGCUGUUACAUAGAAGUCUAAUGUAGGCUAUGAGAGAUGAACUAAUGGUACAAUCAUGAAAUCUAAUCAGUUGCUUUGAUUGGCAUGGUUUGCACAUUUGGGCAGCAUUCUAUAGUCCUGCCUGCUGUUGCCAAAUUUGGUUAUUGUGAGAACAUUGAUAUUUGUUUUGUCUAUGUGACUCAGAGAUAUUAUCAUAGUUAAGGGCUGUAUAUUAUUUGUCCUUUAAAGAAAUAGAAUAAUUGCAAAGGACAGUCUUGUCUUGCAUAGUUUACUGUACUUGUACAUUUUCACAUGAAUAAACACUGACAUGUUUUUGGAACAUAUUUCCUGGUUAUGUAUAAUAUAUGAUUUUGAUCUCUUGUUUUACAGCUAUCUUUUUAGCCUGGAAAAUAUUGUUUGUUCUCUUGUUACAUUUAAUAGUGGGAUUAUGUAAUAGCCCCUAUGUCACAGAGGCUAAGGUUUUUAUUUUUAUUUGUUUUUAUUUAACAUAAUCCUGUUUUACUUGAAUUUGCUGUUUCAUGUUUUUGUUUUACUGUGAUUGUAUUUUUCCUUUUUGCUCUUCAGUAUUGCCAUUUUAAGAACGCUCAAUGUUACAUUUCAUUCUUAAUACUUAGCGUGCAAACUCUGGGGAAAAUUCACAAAAGGAUUGUGCUGCUUUUGCGUCCGCUUAACCUGCACAAAUAACACAAAAACAAACCGUGAAACUCUCAAAGCAUCCACAAAGGGGGAAAUGCACCACUUCCUGAGCUGCCAAGCAAAUAGCUUCUCUCUACUCCUUUGCACAGAGAAGGACAUAUUUUAAUUAGGUAAUACGCAUUCAUUUGGUGCAAAAUGAACCCCUUUUUAUCUAUGAACAAGCACGUUGCAAAAACGAUCACAAACAUCAGUGCUAAUAGCCACAGGCAGUUACAGUGAACACAUAGGUGUCUUCAGAGAGUUGGUGGUAAGUGCAUUAAUAAAGAAUGUCACAACCAGACUUACAAGUGAUCAUGGCAUAUUCAAUCCGAAACAUGGUUUCUCUGUUACAUUUAAAUUCCUUGCCUGAAGAUUUGCCUCUGUAGCCAGCGGUCUGAAUGAAAUUCUUAUUUUUGCCAUUUUUCUGUCUAUUGAGUUUGCAAAGGAAACAUUUAUACUUUGCCAGAUGGAUAAUUGCAAUCAGAAAAGCAGUUGGCUGCAAAACGUUAUGGCCGUGUUUGCGAUGGAAUAUCAUUUGCGCAACAUCUCAUUUGAGUCGAACAUUGAGAGGGGACAGAUAGCGGUUGCAAGUGAUGCGCGACUCAUAGUGCAAUCAGCGGCCACAGUCCAUUCUUUGUGAAUUUGCCCAUCUUUAUUGUAGAGAAUUUGCACAUCAGUUAUUUUAAAAAGGUCUUGUGUGUUCAAAAAGAUUGUUUACUGGUAAUCGAUCACAAAGCAAUGUUUUUUUAUUUAUUCAUAUGUAAAUUAAUUUGUCAAAAAACACAAGUCAUUUUUUCACAAAGAAAGUCCAAAUUUGCUCAAGCAAUCAAGGGGAAAGACUUGCAGUAUGCCUGAACAGUGAAAGAAGUCAUACUUGUAAACAACUCAUUGUGCUACUAAGACUGCAUUUUUAUUACUGUGUGUGUAUAUAGAAAAAUGUAUUGAUAUCAUAAUAAAUACAGUUGUUUCCUACUUAUAAUUCAAAG